GCUGUCCUGUUCGUACGUAAAAUGUGCACUUCCCAUCGGCUUCGCUCGCUCGUCAUCGCUCGAAAAUUUUGAAUUUUCUUCCAGCAUUUUUUCGACUUGUUAAAUAAAAGCCAUGGAUCUUCGGGUGAUUUUCAUCUACCUCUUUGUUCCAAUAGGCGGCGUCCCAACAUCCGACAAUCCUUAUUGGGAUUUGAUACCAUAUUUUGAUAACUCCACGAAGAGGGAGUAUGUCACCAACGUCGGGCAAACGGCGUAUUUGCAUUGCCGGGUCGGUAACUUAGGAGACAGAGCUGUUUCUUGGAUACGUAAACGCGACUUACAUAUAUUGACUGUGGGCAUUUUAACGUAUACAAACGAUCAGCGAUUUCAAUCUAUGCAUGCCGACGGUUCGGAAGAAUGGAUUUUGAAAGUGACAUCGCCGCAGAUUAGGGACAGCGGAAUAUACGAGUGUCAGAUCAGCACCGAACCCAAGAUUAGCCUCGGCUUUCAGCUGAACGUCGUAGUAUCCAAGGCAAUUAUAUUGGGUAAUGCGGAGUUGCACGUUAGAUUUGGGAGCGACAUCAACUUGACUUGCAUCGUAACUCAUACGCCCGACCCGCCCAGCUUCAUUUAUUGGUAUAGAGAAGGGAAAUUAAUUAAUUAUUCGCAAAGAGGCGGCAUCAGCGUGGUAACGGAGAAACAAACGCGUACGAGCCGAUUGCUCAUUUCCAGGGCUUUCCCCGAAGACAGCGGCAACUACACGUGUCUGCCGUCGGCCGGCGAGGCGGCCAGCGUGUUCGUGCAUGUUCUGCUCGGCGAAGAGCCCGCCGCGAUGCAACACGGUGCAGCCGGAGGUAUGAUGGCCACGUCGGUCGGUUUGAGCAAUUUAUUCCAGCGAAUCAAGUCGAUGUUUGAUUAUUGUUUGUUGCUAUUGGGCAUUGUUUAUUUGAUCACUUAAAUGUCGCUGUAACGAUCCGAAUUGUUGUUCUAUCGCGCGGCAAUUCGUGCUAAUUAAGUAAACCAUCGAUGAUUGUUUGGAGACUGAAGACCAGGAACCGUCACACAUGCUAUAUAUUCGUUUCUCACCAAAAAUUUGUCCGACGUAUUUGUUAGAUAUAGUAUAAAAUAUUUUUGCAAGUGGAUUUUCAAAAUUAUCGAAACGAGUUGAAGCUUGAAAUUUUUUUAAAACUCUGCUAGUAAAUGGAACAAUGAAUUAACAUGGCCUAGUAGAUAUACAUAUAUAGAUUUAACCGAAACAGAAUAAUAUAUACUGAUCAAUGUUACUAUUAUAACGAAAUUUCCAUGUUAGUAUAAUUUAAUGAAGAGUAAUAUUAUGUAUUGUGCCAUCCAAUUGAAAUCCCCCUAACAAUGAAGUAGGUAAAAGUAUCUCCAUAUUCAUAAAUCGCAAGGAUUUGUAUUGGAAAAUAUCGAGUGAUUUUUUAGUCAUGUUCGGGAAUUUAGCUAAUAAAUAUGUACAAGGGGUAUUUUUAUUGCGUAGAAUAAUACCGUUGUUUAGUAAAAAAUGAAUGUACUUAUUAGAAAGACCAAUUAUCGAAAAAUUUGCUAAUUGUAUCGAUGUGAACAAUAAGUAAAUGUGUUUUUGUUGUUUGGGAACCUAAAUGUUGAUUAUUCCAGUACUCGACUGUCCCUCAAAGUUGUUGGUAGAUGAAUGUUGACUUUUAACCGCAGAAAUUCAGAUUUUGCUUCCGUAUAAAUCAAUAAAUUGAGGCUCAACAUGCAAAUUACAUAUCAGAUUUUUUAUUGAAAAUGUCUACUCUCGAAUAAUUUUACUAACUAUACAAUGCAAUCUCUAUUAUCUAAAAAUACACUCUUUUAAAUGGAUUAUAAAAAUCGGAAUUUCUGUAUACUUGUAGCUACUGUACCAAAAGCUCUUUAUCCUUAAAUGAUCUAUAAUUAUUACAAAUUAUUUAGAUUAACGUAAAGUACAGUGAAAAAGUAACUGUGAUAAUUUGUGAUGUUAUACAUUCUUAAAUUAAAUCAUUACCAGUUAAGAGAAAUUAAAAAUUGUACGAUUAGGUAAAUUAAUUAAAUGCGUGUGUAUUCCAACUUAUAACAAUCGCAAGUUUCUAUUAAACAUUUUAAAAAAUUUAUCUAAUCCACAAAUUUUUAAAUUAAUUGCCAUAUUGUUUAAAAUUACGAACUUAAUCUAAACUUAACCUUUUCUUUUUAGUUCCUAUUCCCCCUUAAUUUCAAUUUAAGUAAGAUCGUACUCUACCAAAAUUCGUGAAAUAUGAACUCGUGUAAUCCAUGUAUUUAUUGUAAAAUAAUAAAAAACUACAACAAAUGUUUGUAUCUGUAUUCGCAUUAACAAUUAAUGAGUUAAGUUUCAAGAUCUUUCGAGCCUAAAUGAAAGUACAAAAAAUACGUUAGUUUUUAAUAAAAGCUUCAUUGAAUACAAAAUACUGUUGUUACAAUAAGUUACGUUUAGUAGUGCGAAAAAAAAUUGAGAUUGAAAGUGGCCUUACAUGGGUCUACCCAUUCCGCGUCCGCCCAUUUGCGGGGGCGCUUCGGAUUUCUGGUUUUUGAUCGUCUCAUCAACGGACAGGAUCAAGCACGUGGCCUCCGCAGCGGCGGUCAAAGCGUUAAUUUUUAUAAUAGCCGGCUCCCAUACGCAAGUUUCGUAGUUAUCGGCGAUAUCCUCCAUGUUGACGUCCACCCCGUACCAGGAAUUGCCCUGAGCGUGCUUCUGUCGCAAUUUGUUCAGUAUAUUAGUGGCGUCGAAACCGGCAUUGUCGCAUAGUUGCCUAGGGAUUAUUUCGAGUGCUUUCGCGAUAGCUCCAAUCAGGAGUUGUUCUUUGCCGGCAAUGGUGCGAGAGUAAUCCCUGAGUAACUUCGAUAGCUCCAUUUCGAUGGCUCCUCCGCCUGCUACGACGGAGUCGUUUUUGAUUGUUCUGCGGACGAUCAUGAUGGCAUCGUGUAGGGACCUCUCGGUUUCUUCUAAAAAUUGCUCGGCUCCUCCUCUUAGGAUGAUGGUGCAGGUUUUGGCGUUGGGACAGCCUUUGAAGAAGUUGUAUCGUUCGCCUCCAAUUUGCUUCUCUUCGAACAGCUGGCAGUUACCUAGCACUUCGUCUUUCAAAUCGUUGACUGUGGUCAUUAUGGAGCCACCGCAGGCUUUCAAGGUUCUCUUCAUGUCUUCCUCUUGGACCCUUCCGGCGCAGAACAUGUCUCUGUCGGCGAAGUAUUGCGUGGCGACGUCACCAAUGGGUAAUUUCGAUAGAACAACGUUCGCUCCGGAUUCGUAAAUUUUCUGGAGUUUGUUGUACAAAAUGUUCCACUCCGCAUCGACGACUUUUUGGUACUCCUUGACGCUGCUCAGGCGGAUCUCGGCGUUGUCUCUCUCCGCUUUCAGUUCCAAUUCUAUAUUCAACAGGGCGAUCUUGCAGUCUUUGUAAAUCUUGGGCUGCAUCUCGAACCCGGCGUACGAGAAGGUCUUCUUGAAGGCCACUCCGGCGACUAACAUGGAGUCCUCCAGACCGCCGCCUUGCACCUUCUUGAUGCCGAUCAUGUUCAACGGCAGGAGUUCGUCGAGCAGUAGCACGGCAUCGACCACCAUUUUGGAGAAGAACGAUUUCUGUUUGUUGAUCAACUUCGAGCUCAUCGCCGUCGCGGCGCAUUUCUCCAGCAACGACCUGUACUCCUCGGGGUUGGCUUUGUUGAUUUUAACGGCGAGGGCGUUGAUUUUCUCCAGGCAAAUCUGGGUCGCCUUCCGCACGGCUUUGAUGAUGAUCCUCGGAUGCACGCCUUCUUCGAUGUAGGACUUCAGUUGUUUCAAAAACUCGCCUGCUAGCAAAACAACGGAGGUCGUGCCAUCGCCUACUUCGGCGUCUUGUGACUUCGCUAUGUCAACUAGAGUUUUCGCCGCCGGAUGCACCACGUCUAGUAAAUUUAAUAUUGUCGCUCCGUCGUUUGAGAUGGUCGCAGAGCCUCUGUUGGAGACGAUCAAUUUGUCCAUACCUCGGGGCCCCAGGGUGGUUCGUAUAGCGUCCACUAUAUUCUGGCACGCAUUUAUGUUGGAUAUCAACUGAGGCUUGCCUUGUGACGAAUCAGUGCCUUCCUUGAGGAGCAAUAUCUGCGGUUGCAUCAUUUUCGUAUGUAUUGCUUAACUUUGCACUUUUUAAAAUAAAUGAACGUCGUUUUAUUUAAUUUUUUUUACGCAGGUGUGCUGCGGCAAAACUUCGAUAAAAUGAGGUUAGGUUUUAG